AUGUCUCCCGACGAAGCAGCGAGGACUUUCACCUAUAUCUGGCGCUACGCAUUUCAAGAAUCUCCCGAAGAUAUUGAAUUGAGUACUAAAAUCUUAUCUGAAUCGACCAGUCGGAUCGACGCCCAUAUCGCCACCAAUACUUCUCGUCUUGACUCGAUGAUGAGGGUAUUACUAGAGGAAAAGGGUCUCAAAAAGCGUUCUAAGCUGUUGGAUGAUGUAAUAGCAAUAAAUAGCCGCUGCAGAACGUUUGUGUGUGCCUCCCCGGUCACAGAUGCAAGCAUGAACCAAUUAUUUCGAACAUAUAAAACUUCAUUUGAAGCCCCUAUCGAUGUAACUGUGGUUCAAGCAGUCAGAGCAACUUGUGCAAUGCCAGGUUGGUUCACUCCAUCAGUGAUCGGAGAGCGGUUGCAAACCAGAGAAUAUAUUGCUUGUCAAAACACUCUUACAAAUCCGGUCAAAGUGGUCCUUAGAGAGUGCAACGACAUUUUCGGACCGGAAAGGAGA